GUCGGCAAGAGCAGAGCACGUUGACUCACUUCAUUUGCAGUGAUUAAUGCAGUUCCAUAGUCUUUUUACUAAUAAAGAAAUGGGAUACAGUGUGUUCUAGUGAAUUCGUCCCAUAACAGUAAAAAGACUGGAUCAGCAUUCAGCACACUGCAGCGAUGGAUCCAGAUGAUCCAACACAUGAGGCCAUGGGUCGCCCAAAGAGAAAAACAAAACUUACCUUUGUCGGAAAGGAACUAUUUGAACAAAAAGUGACAAGUUUCUGGAGCAAACAGCAAAAACUCAGAAGGAAAUUGGAAGAGGAAAUGAAAGAAAAAGCUUCACAUUCAAAAGAGUCUUAUGUUCUACAGAGAGACAGAAUUUGGCAGACUGAUGUUGGAGUAUCGUGAUCUUCAUGAAGAUUUCAUGGCUUUCCUAGAAAGAUCAAACUCAGAUGAGAGCUACAGAGAAAUGGCAUCACAAGACUUAGUUAUGCGUUCACUGGAAGACAAAGUGAAUGACUUUAUGCAUGAAUUAGAUGCAUCAAGGAAAUCGUUUGUUGACUACAGUCAGAAACAAAUCCAGGUUAAAACGGAACCAAGAGUGAGUCCUCCCCAACCAAAGGUUAUUCCAGAUAAUACAUCUGCUCGCUCCCGUAGGACUUCGCAUUCAUCUCGUAGUUCAUCUCACAGCAUCUCAUUAGCUCAACAACGUAUGGAAGCUGAGGAGGCAAAGGCAAAAUUAGAGUACACACAGAGAGAAGCCAAACUUAGGAAGGAACAGGCAUCUAUUCAAGUUGAUUUGGAGGUUCUUGGAGCCCAAAGAGAUGCUGCAGUAGCUGAAGCCAAACUACGCGCACUGGAAAACAUGCAAGAUUACAUAUCAAUCUCAUCACAGUCUAUAGUCGGACCAGUUCUGGAGAGGGAGGACCCUAUGAAGCGAACCAGAAGAUAUGUUGAGGAAAUUCACCAACAGCCAGUUGAGUCCACGAGGAUGCUUUCUCCGUGUCGUGCACUUGAUCCGUUUGAACCAAAACACAGCGAGUUUACAAGUUUUCUUCUCAAAAAAGCUAUGAACUAAUGAUUAACAAACUAGUGAACUUUGACGA